AUGGAACUCCCCGGUUCGAACCCCGCCGAGUAUAAGCGAUACUUUAUCCUUUCCAAGCAUGAAUGGGGCCCCGAGAUGGCGACGGCCCUCUUCAGCUUGCUUUGUCUUAGUGGGAUUGCAGCCAUCUUCAGAUACAUGGAUGAUCAACCACUCUCGCACUGGGGCUUUUACAUCUCCCUAAACGCCACCAUUUCUAUCCUCACGACUGCCCUAGGUGCAUCCAUGAUGCACAGUGUCAGCCGGUUCAUCAGCCAGCUGAAGUGGCUGUACUUCAAGAAGAGGCCGAGGACAUUGUCCAACUUUCAGAGCUUCGACGAGGCUAGUCGAGGAGUAUCGGGCUCGACCAAGUUCCUCUUCACGGUUGGGUGGAACUUGGCUACCCUCGGUGCCUUGAUCACCGUCCUCAGACUGAGCCUGGCCGCCUUGACACAGCAAGUUGUGGAGAUUGGAGAUCGGCCGAUUGAGACGCCAGACAACAACGCGACGUUUGGAUAUACGCACGCAUACUACCGUGAUCUGGCCAAGGAGUUGGCGAAUGCUGGCGAUGAAGCCAUACCGCAGGACCCCAAAAUGCAGGCUGCCAUCCUUCAGGGACUCUACGACAUCUCGACGUUUGCCCGCUUUAGCUGCUCCGGAUCCUGCGCCUGGAAUCAAUCGGUCGUUUCUCUCGGCUUCAAGAGCCAAUGCAAGAACGUCACGCAAGAGACACUAGAGACGGAGAACUGUAAUGGGUCCCGGCAGAGCCAGUUUAACUGCAGCAUGACGACUCCCGGAGGGUUGGGUAUCACGACUCACAACUUCCACACCGACUAUGCAACCACCUUCUACUUGAACGCGACGGCUGUAGUCAAGGACGAGUUCGACACGGGGCCUGGCAACAAUUCCGAGUUUGCCAGACUUGUCGUUUAUAGAACCACCUCUGACCACAACUUUGCCACCUUCAACGCCAACGUCACCGAGUGUUCUCUAUCCCUGGCCGCGUAUGAAUACUCCGGGGCGAAAUCCAACGGUACCACUUUCAACUUUGACAAGACGGAAGAGAUCGAUCUUGGCAAGAAUCCCUGGAAGCUUGACAACUCUUCGGUGUAUGCGAUCAACGAGUCCAAGGCAGACGGUAUCCCGAGACUCGAAAUAUCCAAGCCCGACCUCAGGGCACUGCAAAACUUUUUGGAGUCGAGCACGAUCGUGACGGAAUGGGUAGAAGGCAGUCGUGGAAACGAAAACAUUGCCGUGAGCCCGGCACUCGGUGGCACGGCGAAUGUGACUAGGCUGAUGGACAAGAUGGCCACCAGCAUGACGGACUAUCUGCGCUCAGGGCCCAACAGUCAGACAGCGACGGGACAGAGGGUAGAAGUUGUAACUUACGUAACGAUCCGAUGGCUGUGGUUUAUCGGACCUGCAGCCAUCGAGCUUGGGGCACUGCUGUUUGCCCUCCUCACGAUAGCGAGUAAUCGGAAGAGUCGCAAGGUGCCCCUUUGGAAGUCAUCAGCACUUGCAGUUUUGGCCUGCUGGUAUGAGAGCGGAGAGGGAUUGAUACGGAGCAAGGUCAAGGAUAUCAAGAAAAUUGAGAGCAUGGCGGAAGAGACGUCGGUGCGGCUGGAGUAG